AUGGUUCGUCAAAGAAGGAACGGAUCAAAUAAACAAGCUUCCAAAUCGUCACCGAAUACACAACAGGAUGUAAAAAAGGAAAGCAUUCUUUCUUCAAGGAAAUCUAGUGGUUCAAAAGGAAACACAGCAUUAGAGAAAAGACCGGCGAAAUCGCAGUUACCACGGGAAGAAGAGGAUAGCGAAGAAGAAAUAAUACUUCCAAAUGUUGAUAUUGACCUGCCUUCUGAUGAGGAGCAGGAAGAAGAGAGUGAAAUUUUGAGUACGGAUGAAGAAAUAGAUCACCCUGAUCUGAGUACAGAGGAGGAAAAAGAAACAACAGGUGAUUCGACCGAAAGUGAAGAGGAUUUGAAAACUUUAAACAUUGCAUCGGAUGAAGAAAGCGAGAAUGACGAUGGAUACAUAGUGGGGGACAGUUUGGACGAGGAUGAAUUAGACGACAUGGAAAACAUGAAAUUAACGGAUGAUAAUAAUAAUGACAGCGACCAAGGAAAGACUCAAGAACAAUACAUUACUGGGGCUAACGGUUACCCUAGAAGAUUGUUACCGGAGAUCGAUCCCGUUUACGAUAGUGAUUCGUCGACUGAAAAUCCAACCAAUACGGUAGGCAAUAUUCCUAUGGAAUGGUAUGACAAUUUUCCACAUAUCGGGUACGAUAUUGACGGCAAGAAAAUAAUGAAACCUGCGAGGGGAGACGAAUUGGAUAAAUUUUUGGAAAAUAUGGAAGAUCCAGAUUCUUGGAUAUCAGUCAAGGAUGUUUUAUCACAAGAAAAUGUUAAAUUAACAGAUGAAGAGUUGAACAUCAUUCAUCGAAUUCAAUCGGGUGAAUUUCCGGAUUCUAAUUAUGAUCCAUACGAACCAACCAUUGAAUGGUUCACAAGUAAACCCGAGAAAAUGCCGGUUAACUCGACAGCUGAACCAAAGCGAAGGUUUGUUCCCUCAAAAUGGGAGGCAAAACGUAUCAUGAAAAUAGUACAAGCUAUUCGACAGGGACGUAUUGUUCCCGGAAGAGUUCAAGUGCAAAAACCUCGUUAUUAUGAUCUAUGGACGGACAGCGAUCAACCGCGUGAAGAUCAUGUUAUGCAUAUAACCGCCCCCAAAAUGAAGUUGCCUGAACACGACGAAAGUUACAAUCCACCAGAAGAGUACUUACCAACAGAACAAGAAAAGGAAGAAUGGGAAAAUAUGGAUCCCGAUGACCGGGAAAAAAAUUACUUACCCAAAAAAUACUCGCAUCUCCGAGAAGUACCAGCAUAUGGACGUUUCAUUCAGGAACGUUUCAACAGAUGUCUUGAUUUAUACUUGGCCCCGCGUGUGCGAAGGAACAAGCUUAACAUUGAUCCCGACUCUCUAAUUCCCAAACUACCUAAUCCGAAAGAUCUCCAACCUUUUCCAACAUCAUUCACACUUUCAUACAAUGGUCAUUCCGGUCGUGUACGUAAAUUCUCUAUUGAUCCCACCGGAUUAUGGAUGGUUUCAGCUUCUGACGAUAAAACUAUGAAGAUGUGGGAGAUCACAACGGGUCGAUGCGUCAAAACCUGGGAGGUAAAAGAGACGGUGUACUCUGUAGCUUGGUGUCCUAACAAGGAUGUCUGGGCGUUUGCAGCUUCUUUCUUAAACAAUGUCGUUAUUGUUUCACCGACGAAAAUUUCUGAUGAGACAAUAUUCGAUAAUACCGUUCAAUAUAUUACGUCGGCCUUCGCAAAUAUUGGAGAUAAUGAAAAGAGGGAUAAAUUGGUAGAAUGGUUAAAACCAACGGAAAGUCAGAAAUCGGAAGGAUUUCUUGUAAUUUUGCAGCACAAACACAACAAAACCAUUAAAAAAAUUACCUGGCAUCGCAAAGGAGAUUACUUUUCUACUAUUGCAUCCGAUGCGUCCAACCAAUCAAUAUUGGUCCAUCAGCUCUCAAAGCAUCAGACACAACAACCUUUCCGUAAAACUCGAGGCAUGGUUCAAGACGUAAUGUUCCAUCCUAUAAAGCCAUUAUUUUUCGUUGCAACUCAAAGGUUUGUGCGCGUGUACAACUUAAUGAAACAAGAAUUAACAAAAACAUUACAGUCUGGUGUAAAAUGGAUUUCAAGUUUGGAUAUCCAUCCAAUGGGUGACAAUGUUAUUAUCGGAAGUUACGAUAAACGUUUGUGCUGGUUCGAUUUGGAUCUUUCUUCGAAACCAUACAGGACUUUACGUUUUCACACGAAAGCCAUUCGUAGCGUUGCAUUUCACAAACGCCUACCAAUCUUUGCAUCUUGUAGCGAUGAUGGAAACAUACACAUCUUUCAUGGUAUGGUCUACAACGAUCUAAUGCAAAAUCCCCUAAUUGUACCAGUAAAGAUAAUGAGAGAGAGUCAUCAAAUAGUAGAAAAUUUAGGUGUUUUGCAUUGCGAGUUUCAUCCUGUACAACCUUGGAUAAUAUCCUCAGGAGCGGAUCAUUCAAUAAAGCUGUGGACAUGA